CGGCAACAACAGCGGGCACGUCAAUUCCUAGGGCGACAUAUUUUGCAGAAGCUGUGCAUCUGACGGUCUCGGGGUCCUAUAGUGCCCAGCGCGUUUGACGUGUUGCUUCUCUCGCCAACCCCCUUCCUCACCCUAAAGCAGUUACCAUGAAGGAUUCGCUGGUACUGCAGAGCCGCGUCCCCGCGCACCCGGAUUCCCGAUGCUGGUUCCUGGCCUGGAACCCCACGGGGACCUUGUUGGCCUCAUGCGGAGGCGACCGUAAAAUUCGCAUCUGGGGCACCGAGGGUGACAGCUGGAUUUGCAAGUCUGUCCUUUCUGAAGGCCAUCAGCGCACCGUUAGGAAAGUUGCCUGGUCCCCGUGUGGAAAUUACUUGGCAUCUGCCAGCUUUGAUGCUACCACUUGCAUUUGGAAGAAGAACCAGGAUGACUUUGAGUGUGUGACCACUCUUGAGGGUCAUGAAAAUGAGGUCAAGUCAGUGGCUUGGGCCCCAUCUGGCAACCUCUUGGCUACCUGCAGCAGAGAUAAGAGUGUGUGGGUCUGGGAAGUUGAUGAAGAGGAUGAGUAUGAAUGUGUCAGUGUCCUCAACUCUCAUACACAGGAUGUUAAGCAUGUGGUUUGGCACCCAAGCCAGGAGCUUUUAGCUUCUGCUAGCUAUGAUGACACUGUGAAGCUAUACCAGGAAGAAGGGGAUGACUGGGUCUGCUGUGCCACCCUUGAAGGUCAUGAGUCCACUGUAUGGAGCAUAGCCUUUGAUCCCAGCGGCCAGCGUCUGGCAUCUUGCAGUGAUGACCGAACUGUGCGCAUCUGGCGCCAGUAUCUACCAGGCAAUGAACAAGGGGUGGCAUGCAGUGGCUCUGACCCCAGCUGGAAAUGUAUCUGCACUCUAUCGGGCUUCCACACCAGGACCAUCUACGACGUUGCUUGGUGUCAGCUGACAGGGGCCCUGGCUACAGCUUGUGGAGAUGAUGCCAUCCGAGUGUUUGAAGAAGAUCCAGGCUCAGACCCACAGCAGCCUACCUUCUCUCUGACAGCCCAUCUUCGUCAGGCCCAUUCCCAGGAUGUCAACUGUGUGGCUUGGAAUCCCAAGGAGCCAGGGCUCCUGGCUUCUUGUAGUGAUGAUGGGGAAGUAGCCUUCUGGGAGUAUCACCAACCUGCAGGUCUCUGAGCUAUGGCUUGACUUGGGAGUCUUGAUUCUCACAGAAAAUGUCCUAAGACUAUUCCUAGUCAUCCAGAAGACCUGAAGCAUCCUUGACCUUCAUUUAGCUCAGGACCAUUCGCUGUUUCUCUUCCUUGAUAUGAGGAAGCCAUUGGACAGAGCCACGGAACAGCAGUAUAUUGUAUUAAAGUUUUGCUUGAUUUAGGGCAUAAUGUUACAUUUUGGGGGUAAAUAUAUUUAUAAUCAGUAUAUAAAUACAUAUAUGAAUGAGAGCUUUUGAAAUUGUGAGCUUUACAGAAAUAACCCAUCUGUGCUCCACUUCUGUCUUAUAAGGUCAUUUAUCAUUUCUUAUCAUUGAUAACUAUUUGGAAUGUUCCAUCUUCCGAAUUCUAGAGUAGUCCUUGCAUUUAAGACAUGCAAGCUAGCUGUAGUGUUUUCCUAGCACUCAAUCAGCAAAGAUGGAUUAUCCUUGGCUGGAUAGUAAGUUUGAAGCCAGCCUGAGAUAUGAGACCCUUCCUGAAAAAACAAAGACAUUCAAAACUAGAGGAAUUUCCCCCCUAAAAUUUAAGUUUGUUCAUAGUAAAAGGACACCUCUGCUUUUCCUCAGAAACCCUCACAUGCCUCUUGAGGCAUUAUGCUGAGGGAAUCUGAAGAUAUAAAAAGAAAUGAACCCUUAUAAAGAAAGAAUUGGUUUUCAGUGAGGGACAGAAAACAUUAAGACAAUAGCUUGAGGCCCUCUAAAAGACAACAGCAGACUGGUGUGUUGGUACACACCUUCUAGUCCAACACUCAGGAGGCAGAGGAGCCUGAUCUACAAAGUGAGUUCCAGGACAGCUAGGGAGACAGUGACCAUUUUAAAAAACAAAAAAACAAAAACCUUAGACAAUAGCAUGUGUGUGUGCUGCCAAAUCUGUAGUGUUUUUCAGGGUGGAAAGUAGUUAAGAUGUCUGAUUAGCCUGAUUGGGCAAAACACUGAGAAAUGUUUGUGGGUUUGGGUGUGAGUUGGCUCCAAAACUGGAGCCUUCACUUGUUUACACUGUACAAUUGUGACCUUAGAUUUUUGCAAAGACAGUGGAGGCAGUAUCCAGAGCAGUGGUGACUAGUGAUCUGCAGAUUCCUGGGAAUCUUAGGAUCCUUUCAGGGUCAACACUGUAACAUGAUCAAGGAAUGGCACCAGUUAAGUAGCUAUCUGUCUUCACUAUCUUGUGGCCACAGUGAGAAUGGAGCCAGCUUCACUCAAACAACAACAAUGACUAAACAUUGACCAUUGAAAACACUUCUGAUACUGACAAAUGAGAAAAUGCCAUCCAGCCCUUCUGUAAUGAAGGUGGUCUUGAAAAAGUUGGACAGUUGCUACAAGCCAAAUUAGCUAUUCAUGGCAUGCCUUUUUAAAAUCAGAACUAGAAAAUUAACAUUUAGGCUUGUAUAUUUAACUGUGUUCCUAAAAAAUGAACAUACUGAACCUUUCACUGAUAGUGUUCACUGCUGAUGGUAAAUGUUUAAAGACAAAAUUGGAAUUUCCGAAAACUUGUGUUGCUAUAAACUUUAGUGGUAAUGAAAUCAGCAAAUGCAUAGAUAUUUUGAGAUCUGUGGAAUUUUGUGGGUCAUUGUUGAAAUGACCAAUACAGUGGGCGUUACAAAAUCAUUCAGAUAGUGACUCUAAGAUGGGGCAGUGGGUUUAAUACAAUAGUACAAGAUGGCAUGGGUACAGCUCAAGAGCCGGCAUUGCCUUUAGGAAACUUCCACAUAUAGUAGAGCCAAUUAUCUGAAAACUCUUCUAUCCCAACCCUGAAGUUGACAUGCUCAGCUCAGCCACACAACAGACUGAGCACAGACAUAGCUAAAGGUCCUAACUGGCUUCUAUUAAGCUAUGUGUAAAGUGAUUGUAACACUGUAUCAUGCUACUCUUCUCCCAAAAUUUAUUUUUUCCUAUAUUAUGUUAAUGAAGUUUUUUUUUUUUUAACAAACUGCCUUAAUUUUUAAUGUUAACAAGUAUCAAUGAAUACUAGGUAAUAAAAGCUUUUGGGGCUGUGCUUUUAAGUUUUC